CUCCCUGCGUUAACCCAGGACCAUGUGGGCCUGGGCACUGUGGAUGCUCCCUCUACUCUGCAAAUCUGGCCUGGCAGCUCUGCCAGCUAAGCCUGAAAACAUUUCUUGUGUCUUAUACUAUAUGAAUAAUUUUACUUGCACGUGGAGUCCAGAGAAAGAAGACAAUUCUACAUCAUAUAUAGUUAGCAGAACUUACGCUUAUGGACGUAAAAGGGAUACACGUAGUCCUCCAAGUGAAAAUGGUACUUCAUGCUCUUUUUUUCUUCCAAAUAUAACAAGACCAGAUAUUUAUACCAUUCAAGUGGAAGCUCGAAAUGCAGAUGGUGUCAUUCAAUCUGAUAUAACACGUUGGAAUUUAGAUACCGUAAUUAAAACCGAGCCACCCAAGAUUUCCAGUGUGAAACCAGUUUCGGGUGUUAAACGAAUGGUUCAAAUAAGAUGGGUGAGGCCUGUAUUGGCACCUAAGUCAUCUAAUUUUAAAUACAUACUUCGAUUCAGAACAGUAAACAGUACCCACUGGGUGGAAGUCAACUUCACUGAAAGAGAAGUGGGUAAAGAAGCAGCAUACAACCUCACUGGGCUGCAGGCUUUUACCGAGUAUGCCGUAGAGCUGUGCUGUGUGACUGAGGAGUCAAGGCUGUGGAGUGACUGGAGCGAAGAAAAAAGGGGAAUAACCGAGGAAGAAGCUCCACAUGGCCUGGAUCUGUGGCGAGUCCUGAGACCAGCCAGGGUGGAUGGAAGAAGGCCAGUGAAGUUGUUGUGGAAGAAGGCAAAAGGAGCCCCUGUCCUGGAAAAAACACUUGGCUACAACAUAUGGUACUUUCCAGAAAACAGCACUAACCUCACAGAGACUAUAAACACCACUAACCAGCAGCUUGAACUGUAUCUGGAAGGCAAGGCCUACUGGAUAUCUGUGACUUCUUAUAAUUCUCUUGGAAAGUCUCCAGUAGCCACCCUGAGGAUUCCAGCUGUUGAUGAAAAGUCGGUUCAGUGCGUCACAGCCAUGCAGGCUUGCCUUACUCAGGACCAGCUGGUGGUGGAGUGGCAAAGCUUCACUCUGAAGGUGGACAAAUGGGUGGUUGAGUGGGUCCCAGAUUUGGACUCAGAGCCCUCACUUAUUUCCUGGGAAUCUGUGUCUCAGGCCAAGAACUGGACAAUAAAGAAAGAUAAAUUAAAACCUUUCCAGUGCUACAACAUCUCUGUGUAUCCAAUGUUGAAAGACCAAGUGGGUGAACCAUAUUCCAUCCAGACUUAUGUCAAAGAAGGUGCUCCAUCAGUAGGUCCCAUGACCAAGGUGGAGAACAUUGGUGUGAAGACAGUCACAAUUACAUGGAAAGAGAUUCCCAAGAACAAAAGAAAUGGUUUCAUCAGCAACUACACCAUAUUCUACCAAGCUGAAGAUGGAAAGGAAUUCUCCAAGACAGUCAAUGCCAGCAUCCUUCAGUAUGACCUGGAGUCCCUGACACGAAAGACCUCUUACACUGUUCAGGUCAUGGCCAGCACCAGUGCUGGGGGAAUCAAUGGCACCAAGAUAAACUUCAAGACAUUGUCAAUUAGUGUCUUUGAGAUUUUUCUUAGAGCUUCUCUGGUUGGAGGAGGCCUUCUUAUUCUCAUUGUCCUGAUGGUGGCAUAUGGUCUCAAAGCACUCAACAAAUUGAAGCAGCUAUGUUGGCCUGCUGUCCCCAACCCUGCCGAAAGCAGUAUAGCCUUGUGGCACGGAGGUGAUUUCAAGGGUAAGCUAAAUCUGAAGGAGUUUGAUGACUCUGUGAACACAGAAGACAGGAUUCUAAAACCACGUUCUGCCUCCAGUGACCUUAUUGACAAGUUGGUGGUGAACUUUGAGACUCUUCUGGAAGAGGUUUCCACAGAGGAGCGUGGAAAGGGUCAGGAAAGCAUCUGGGGAGGGGAAGAGAAUGAGUACGUGACCUCUCCCUAUAGGCCUUAUUGUCCCCCCUUUUCACCUGAGAUCCCACCGGGAAAGUUCCAACACCCAUGUUCCGGAAUGCCAGAGGGAAGCAGCUCAGAAGUCAGAGAGCAACUUCUCCCCUCUGCCCAAAGUUUAGGGCCAGACCAACUCUGCGAGGAAGGAGCACCAAAUCCAUACUUGAAAAAUUCAGUGACAGCCAGAGAAUUUCUCGUGUCUGAAAAACUUCCAGACCAAACUCAAAGAGAAUUCUAAGAGCUGCCGUGGCUUGAAUCCCUUUGCACAUCAGUGUGGGUGACUCUUGCAGAGAGAUGGUAUCAGGACUUGCCUAGAAGAGCUGCCUUGGUGUUUCCCCGUCCUGCUUGUGUUGGAGCCUCGCACAGCCCCGAGCGGCUUUUUGAGCUUGGUCGGCAAGAACAUGUAGCUUGCUUGAGAAGAAAGGAUGGUGACCAGCCUGAGCACUUUGCAGAGAAAAAGCCAUUUAUUUUCUUUUGUUCAGAUAGCGAGCUCUCACUGAGGCCUGUGACAGAUUGACUUGGAGGGGUGAUGGGUCCUGGAGGUGGAUAAAUCUGGUCUUCCCUAAGAAUUGGGCCAUGGGCGCAGCCUUUGCUGGGGCUGCUCCUCACAGCUCCAGGAGAGACUCUGCCCGUUGCUGGAAGACAGUUGUUUGGUCGGCGUUGUGUGGUCUGGUGGGAGGUGAGGGUUCUCUCCCUUCAACUUGACCUCCCAGGCUCCAGGCUCCACCUCUAGGGUAGUCCCGACAUCACGUCAGAGCUUAUGCUUCUCUCUCAACAUGGGGCGGGAAGUGCUGGGGCCUUCCUGAUGGCACACCUGAAAUUCCUCUUUACCUUCUUUAAAUCUCCCUUGGCCCACUCCACAUUGGAUGGAGGAAUGAGGGAGGGCCUCAGCAGGGCACAGGAAUGGACUCUCGCUGGGCCAGCACGUCUGCCUCACCCUCCAGGCCAUUGCCCAGCCCUGGAAACUGUAUCCCGAGGCCCUCGCUGCCCCUCUGUCUUGUACCCAAGCCUGGGAAUAGAAAAGCACCAAAGACUGCUGUGGCUUUUUACAGGGACUCUGUCCGACCCCUCAUGGUAUCUCAGAUCCCAGGAACACACCCUACAAUGACCUCUUCCCAGAAGCAGCUGUGCAGGGCCUGGGGACAUGCAAUGCUUAGCAACUCUGCUGCUCCACUGCAGGGCUCCUCUGCCUUCACCCGGCAAGGCUCAGUUAGUGGAGCCUUUAACAUAGGUGCUGAUGGUGGGAUUCAGCUGCCAGCACCUUGGAACUUAGGGCUGGCACCCUGACCACAGUGACGUCAGAUGACUUCCUAACGUGCGGCUGUGUCUCUUCUGGCCAUUGGGGGAGGUUGCUGAGAGCCUGCUGAGAUGGGGCAGCUGGGAGCAGCAGGCUAGACACUUGCGAGAGGGAAAGGCUGACGAUGGUUUUCUCCUAGGAGAGUUUGAGAAGUCAGUGUGUAUGUAGCGGCACAAACUUCAUGAGCCACUGGCUCAGACUUGCAAACCAUUGCCUUACUUUCUAUAACCCAAAUUAAUUUCUAGUCAAAGCCCCUGACCUUUUGAAGUAACCACAGCCCGAUUUGGUGAUUUCUGUCGCUUUGGGUAUGUAACUCAUUCACAUUCGGGAUUUUGACGCCCUGUCCACCCUGGCACUGGCUCUGAGCGUCGGAGGACAUUCAGAGAAGCAGCAGGCUUUGUCUCUGGUUUGUUGUCUGCCCAGAGUUGGUCUUGGGAGGUGCCUUUGGCCCCACCUGUCCCUGUCAAGUCACCUGCCACUUUCCUCAGCCAACGGCCGCAUCCUUACUGUGGGCACGAGCUGGGGGAUGCUUUCCCAAAGCUCUCUCCUCAUUAAAUCUCAUGUCUACAGCACCCCCUGCCCCCCAAAUUCAUCACUCUUAGUUUACAGAACAGUGCCUACUGAUCAACCAAGGAAUGAGGGAGGCCUGAGCAGGGUACUAGGGACCCUGUAUCCUGGGAGCAGAAGGGGACCAAACAAAUGGGAUACACUGGAUUUCUGGUUGUAGUGGGCUCUUCCUGCACUGAUACCUCCCCCACCCCCG